AUGGGGCUCUACGACGCCAUGAUGGCGAAAGGGUCAGAGACAUCUAAGCUCAACUUGCAUUCUCUCAGUGGCAACGAAAUGGGCCAGAUGGACAUGACGUCCUGGAGCAAGCAGCAAACUGGGUUUGGCUACUUGAGGAUUUGUAGAACAGACUUGAUGGAUGUGUUCCUCGAAACUGCUAGCAAAGCUGGCGUACCUAUCCAUUUCAACAAGCGUCUCACCAGAAUUGAAGAAAAGAAUGAUAAAGUCACCGCCUUUUUCUCGGAUGGCACCAGCGAUACAGCAGACUUCCUCCUUGGCUGCGAUGGCAUUCACUCUGCCGUACGCAAGUUACACGUGGAUCCAGACUGCACACCACAGUAUUCGGGAAUUUCGAACGUCUUCUCUCUGAUUCCCACAUCAGAACUUCCGCCCGCUGCUUCAUCGCUGGACGCUCUCAACGCGACACUGACCACGGAUGGGAUGCUUGUCGUGAGCCCUGCGACAGCUGCUCGCGAUAUGGUUUAUUGGUUCUUUUCGCGUGAGAUCACCAUACCCACAACGGGAGACACUCGCGACGGAUGGGAGGAGAGGGGUAAGAGGGAGGUCGACAACCUAAAGACCACCUUGAUCAACCUGUUGGGAGACGCUAAUGCCCCGUGGGUGAAUAUGCUAAGAGAUGUGGUGCGGAAGACGGAUGUGGUGAAGUUCUACCCGAUUUGUAAGAUCCCUCCUGGCAGACCAUGGUCCAAAGGGCGAUGUCUCAUUAUCGGUGAUGCCGCACAUGCCAUGCCCCCUCACGCCAGCCAAGGCGUGUCUAUGGCAUUGGAAGACGUCUUCUUGUUUUCGAAUCUCAUGACCCAUCAUUCUCGAAACCUGGGUACCCACAAUUCUCAAAGCCUGGGUGACCUUUUACAAUCGUAUGAAAAUAAACGCAAGGCUAGGACUGACCAGAUGCUCAAAAAUGCAGAACGGAACGGUGAUGUCCGCAAAAAGAAAACGCCAUUGCGUCUCUGGGCGAACGAACUUGCAAUUUCAUGGGGGCUGCGGAUCUAUGGAAUGGUCGGUCUGGAUAAAAUGGGGAUAGGACAGGGGCCCCUGGCCUAUGAUGUCGAAGAGGAGCAAUUUUGA